AUGGCUGCUUCUAAUCCUCAACAAAUGUAUCCAAUGCAAAUAGAAAAUAGCGUGGGUAGCCCUACACGUGCCCCAUUGCUAGUUGUUGAAGAAGAUGUUGCUACAACUCUCAUGUUCCAAGAAGAACAGUGUCCAACACCACUUAUUGCCGAUGAUCUUGAAAAGCUGCAUGCAGACCAAGUUUCCUUUUCGGAAAUGAUGUUUGGUGUACCACCAUCACUCUUUGAGCAUAUCAAGCUAUGCAAAUCUGCAAAAGAGAUUUGGGACACACUCCAGGACCUAUUCGAAGGAUCAGAGAACAUGAAGGAUAAGCAUCUAACAUCUGUUGUCAACAAGUUUGACACUUUCACUACUUCACCCAGUGAAUUUGUUGCCUCUGCUUCUAACAGAUAUCGAAUCGUUGUCAACAACAUGACUGCUCAUGGAAUUGUACGAACCCCACAUGAAUAA